AAAGUGAAUCCGAUUCUCAUUCGCUCAAGAAACUGCUGCUGCUUUCUUAUUGGCUAGCCGCGCCAUCUUGCUAUUGGAGGCUUCUGUACAGCGCUCAUUGGCUGCUUUAACCAGUGACUGUUCUUCUGUGUGAGCGGAAUCGGAGUGCAGGAUGUUGGUUUUAGUAUUAGGAGAUCUGCACAUCCCUCACCGGUGUAAUAGUCUGCCUGCAAAGUUCAAAAAACUGCUUGUGCCUGGGAAGAUUCAGCAUAUUCUGUGCACAGGAAACUUAUGCACCAAGGAAAGUUUUGACUACCUGAAGACCCUGGCUGGGGACGUUCAUAUUGUCAGAGGAGACUUUGAUGAGAACUUAAAUUAUCCAGAACAAAAGGUUGUGACUGUUGGGCAGUUUAAAAUCGGUUUGAUUCAUGGCCACCAAGUAAUACCAUGGGGUGAUAUGGCUAGUCUGGCCUUGCUACAGAGACAGUUGGAUGUUGAUAUCCUGAUUUCUGGACAUACUCAAAAAUUUGAAGCAUUUGAACAUGAAAACAAGUUCUACAUUAACCCAGGGUCUGCUACCGGAGCUUACAAUGCAUUAGAAAACAAUAUUAUUCCCUCCUUUGUACUGAUGGAUAUCCAGGCCUCCACUGUUGUCACCUAUGUGUACCAGUUAAUUGGAGAUGAUGUUAAAGUAGAAAGAAUAGAAUAUAAGAAAUCAUAAAAUAAAACUGCCAACUGUUUCAUGGCCUUGAUUUUUUUCAUUCCAUUUAUUUAACUAAGAUGGUCAUGACAUAUCCUGCAACAGCUAUAGGCAGAUAAUAAUUAACUCUGUACUAAUGUUUGAUUUAUAACUUCCUCCGAAUUUGCUGCAGUAGGCCUCUUGUACAUCAAAUAAUUUGUAGCAAAUUGCGUGCCAUGUUAUUUACGUUGUAAAAAAAAUAUCGACCUGUAAAUAUCAAAUGCUAAGAAUGGUGUGCUACUGUGAAGAAAUAGUAUGUAUUAAAAGUUUAUAAUCCACUUUU